AUGGCGCAGAGCAGCGUCGCAUCCAAGACGUACGCAUCGCGGGUCGCCUCCUUUGCGAAUCCCGCCGCGAAGCUGCUCCUCGAAACGAUGGAGAGGAAAAAGACGAACCUCUGCGUCAGCGUAGACGUGACAAAGAAGGCAGACCUGCUCCAGGUCGUCGAGUCAGUGGGAGCAGAUGUAUGCAUGGUCAAGACUCACAUCGACAUCGUCGAAGAUUUUGACCUGGACCUCACAGAGAAGCUUUCGGCUCUCAGCACACAGCAUGACUUCAUGAUCUUUGAGGACCGCAAAUUUGCCGACAUCGGCAACACCGUCUCUUUGCAAUACUCCUCAGGCGUACACAAGAUUGCUUCAUGGUCACACAUCACAAAUGCCCACCUAGUCCCUGGGCCGGGCAUCAUUACAGGCCUCGCCGAGGUGGGACAACCACUCGGCCGCGGUCUGCUGCUGCUGGCCGAGAUGAGCAGCAAGGGCAAUCUGGCUGGAGGAGAGUAUGGACAGAAGUGUGUGCAAGCAGCUCGCAAUGAUACUACUGGCUUCACAUGCGGAUUUAUUGCCAUGGACCGUAUCGAUGAGAAGGUCGCUCUACAGCCUGGUCAGGAGCACAAAGACUUCCUCGUCCUCACGCCGGGUGUAGGACUCGAUGCCAAGGGAGAUGGGAAGGGUCAACAAUACCGUACACCGGACGAGGUGAUCCGUCAGAGCGGCUGCGAUGUCAUCAUUGUAGGCAGGGGUAUCUACGGCGCUCUGCUCAAGGAUGGAGACAAGAGUGAGGCGUUCCGGAACGUCCAGGAGCAGGCAGCAAGGUAUCGCAAGGCUGGAUGGGAGGCGUACCUGCAACGGACGCAACAAAAUUUGGGAGAGGGGUCAAGCAAGAGAGGUGCCUCGCCCUUGAUGACUCCACCCCGCAAGAGAAGGCUUUUCGCGCCGAAGCCAGCGGUGACAGACGGCGAUGCCGCUCUUGCUCUACAACUCAGUCAGGAGCAGGCAAGCAACGCGAACGGAGUCGGUGCUACGAGGAGCUACUCUUUGCGCCGUCGAACGCAAGAUGCUGUGCAGGUCAAGUCAGAGGAAAGUGAGGAUGCAGUGGCGGAGGAAGUCGAGGCUUUAACGGCCAGCACCAGUGGUACCAGAUCCACUGCGACGUCUCGAAAGAGCAGAAGUAGUGGAGUGCCAAAGCAAGAGGACGAAGACGAUGAAAAGAAGCCUGCCAUAAAAAAGGAGAAGCCGUCACCAUUCGACGUCUCUCCUCAGAAGAAGACCGCAAAGCCUAUCAAGCUCGAGCUGGAUCCCUCGGAGGUCAAGCCCGCUCCAAAGCGGUGGAGGGCGCAACUCGAUGUUCUUCAAAAGCAGCGGAAACGCAUCGUAGCGCCAGUAGACGAGAUGGGCUGCGAGGAGAACGGACGAGAAGAUCGUCGCGCCGACGCUUGGAGAGUGACUGCAGAGGACGAAGAGGAUCGUGCAAAGCGGGAUCGUCUGACGGUCUUGAUCUCACUCAUGCUCAGCAGUCAGACCAAAGACGAAGUGACUGCUCAGGCCGUCAAGAAUCUGCAGACGAACCUCGUAGACGGUAUCUCCCUGGCCAGCAUCCUUGCCUCGACAGACGAGCAAAUCUCCUCUUGCAUCGCCAAAGUGGGCUUCUGGAGACGCAAGACGGGAUACAUCAAGAGCGCUGCAAGUAUUCUGCAGAGCACCUUUGGAGGUGAUGUGCCCAAGGAUAUUGAUGAGCUCUGCAGUCUGCCUGGUGUAGGGCCGAAGAUGGCUUUCCUGACACUGCAGUCGGCGUGGAAGCUCAAUCUUGGUAUCGGCGUCGAUGUGCAUGUGCAUCGUUUGGCAAAUCGACUUGGCUGGUGCAAGACGAAUGACCCAGAGGGGACGAGAUUGGUACUGCAGAGCUUCCUACCCAAAGACCUCCACCACAGCAUCAACAAGACCCUCGUAGGCUUCGGCCAAGUAGUCUGCGUCCCCGUCGGACCCCGUUGCGAUCUCUGCGACUUGGGCAAAGCCCGCCUCUGUCCUUCUUAUCGCAAGGUAGACCCCAAGAGCGCUGCUACCCGGAAGCAAGUUAUUCUGCUGCCGGAGAGUGAUGAGGAGGGUGAAGAGGGGAAGACGGAGAAGGGAGCAGAAGGAGUGGCUCCGGCUAUUGAGGUUGCUAUUGAGGGUCCUGAUGGCGUGGGAAAGAUCGAGGUCAAGGUGGAGGACUGA